UGGUCAAUUACUUGAAAAGUAGAGUGUGCAAACAAGAUCCUACUGGUGAAUGAACCAAUUCGUGCUCAAAAUUUGCACACGACACUCUCUUUAAUCGUGUGCAAUGUUGCACUCAUCACCCCCACCUUAUGAGCACAGUUCUUUUUUGACUAAUAUAAAAGAAAGGGGGUGGAGCAUCACCAGUUAAUUAGGUUUGAUAAUCUGCUAUUGUUUGAACCAAUUUUAGGAGUCUUUGAGUGAUUCAUUUUGAAGUCGUAACCUGCAAAGCUUCGUUAUUUGAGGGGAAAAAAACUAUCAUGGAAUCAAAGGAAGUUCAGAAAAAUGAAUGCUGCUGUAGUGGAGACUGCGAGAGUUGUAUCUCUCAAUGCUGUAAAAGUAACACCUGUACAUGCGAGAAAGUCUGUCCCUGUUGCAGAUGUUGUCAAAUAUCAAAGAGCAGUGAUGACAUAUGUAAGUGCUGUGAAGAAAAUCUGUGCAAAAACAAAGCUACUUCUGAAAAAUAUUGUGAAUGCUGCGGAAACCAAGCGGACAAAAACUCUAAGGAUUUUGUUUGCGUAGCUAUCUGCCAAAAGAAUGUUUGCAAAGCUGUAUGCGUACCUGGAGAUUCUCGUAAGAGCUAUGGCACAAGAUCUUGCAUAGACAAAACUUCCUGCGUCUGCGGAGAUUCCUGUCAAUGCUGUAGUACAAAUACCUGCAAAGCUGAAACUGUCUGCGUCUGUGGAGAUUCCUGCAAAUGCUGCAAUGAAAAUAACUGCAAGGUCAAAGCUGUCUGCAUCUGUGGAGAUUCUUGCAAAUGUAGUGGUGCAGAAACUUGCAGAGCCCAAACUGCCUGUGUAUGUGGAGAUUCCUGUCAAUGUUGUGGUGAAAAUACCACUAAAGCUCAAACUGCAUGUGUCUGUAGAGACUCCUGCCAAUGUUGUUGCGCAAGUCCCUGCAAAGUCAAAACUCUCCGCGUCUGUGUAAAUCCUCGCCAAUGCUGUGGUGAAAAGACCUGUAAAGCCCAAACUGCCUGCGACUGUGGAGAUUCCUGUCAAUGCUGCAAUGAAAAUAGCUGUAAAGCCAAAAGUGCCUGCGUCUGUGGAGAAUCCUGUCAAUGCUGUAGUGCAAGUCCCAGCAAAGUCAAAACUCUCUGCGUCUGUGUAAAUCCUUGCCAUUGCUGUGGUGAAAGGACCUGUGAAGCCAAAACUGCCUGCGUCUGUGAAGAUUCCUGCCAAUGCUGCAAUGAAAAUAACUGUAAAGCCAAACGUGCCUGCGUCUGUGGAGAUUCCUGUCAAUGCUGCAAUGAAAAUAACUGUGAGGUCAAAACUGUUUGCAUCUGUGGAGAUUCCUGCAAAUGUAGUGGUGGAAAAGCCUGCAGAGCCCAAACUGCCUGUGUAUGUGGAGAUUCCUGUCAAUGCUGUAGUGAAAAGACCUGUAAAGCCCAAACUGCAUGUGUCUGUGGAGACUCCUGCCAAUGUUGUUGUGCAAAUAAGUGCAAAGCUAAAACUGUUUGCGUUUGUGGAGAUUCCUGUCAGUGCUGUAGUGCAAGUCCCUGCAAAGUCAAAACUCUCUGUAUUUGUGUAAAUCCUUGCCAAUGCUGUGGUGAAAAGACCUGUGAAGCCAAAACUGCCUGCGUCUGUGAAGACUCCUGCCAAUGCUGCAAUGAAAAUAACUGUGAGGUCAAAACUGUUUGCAUCUGUGGAGAUUCCUGCAAAUGUAGUGGUGGAAAAGCCUGCAGAGCCCAAACUGCCUGUGAAUGUGGAGAUUCCUGUCAAUGCUGUAGUGAAAAGACCUGUAAAGCCCAAACUGCAUGUGUCUGUGGAGACUCCUGCCAAUGUUGUUGUGCAAAUAACUGCAAAGCUAAAACUGUUUGCGUUUGUGGUGAUUCCUGUCAAUGCUGUAGUGCAAGUCCCUGCAAAGUCAAAACUUUCUGCGUCUGUGUAAAUCCUUGCCAAUGCUGUUUUGAAAAGACCUGUGAAGUCCAAACUGCCUGCGUCUGUGGAGAUUCUUGUCAGUGCUGCAAUGAAAAUGUCUGCAAGAAUAAGACUGUUUGCAACUGUGGAGAUUCCUGUCAAUGCUGCAAUGAAAAUAAAUGCAAAACCAAAAGUGCCUGCGUCAGUGGAGAUUCCUGUCAAUGCUGCAAUGAAAAUAACUGUGAGGUCAAAACUGUUUGCAUCUGUGGAGAUUCUUGCAAAUGUAGUGGUGCAAAAGCCUGCAAAGCCCAAACGGCCUGUGUAUGUGGCGAUUCCUGCCAAUGCUGUGGUGAAAAUACCUGUAAAGCUCAAACUGCAUGUGUCUUUGGAGACUCCUGUCAAUGCUGCAGUGCAAAUCCUUGCAAAGUCAAAGCUCUCUGUGUCUGUGUAAAUCCUUGCCAAUGCUGUGGUAAAAAGGCCUGUAAAGCCCAAACUGCCUGCGUCUGUGGAGAUUCCUGCCAAUGCUGUAGUACAAAUACCUGCAACGCUAGGACUGCCUAUGUCUGUGGAAAUUCCUGCCAAUGCUGCAAUGAAAAUAACUGUAAAGCCAAAAGUGCCUGCGUCAGUGGAGAUUCCUGUCAAUGCUGCAAGGAAAAUAACUGUGAGGUCAAAACUGUUUGCAUCUGUGGAGAUUCCUGCAAAUGUAGUGGUGCAAAAGCCUUCAAAGCCCAAACUGCCUGUGUAUGUGGAGAUUCUUGUCAAUGCUGUGGUGAAAAUACCUGUAAAGCUCAAACUGCAUGUGUCUGUGUAAAUUCCUGCCAAUGCUGUAGUGAAAAUACCUGCAAAGCCAAAUCUGCCUGCACCCGUGGAAAUUCCCGUCAAUGCUGCAAUGAAAAUAUUUGCAUGAUUAAGACAGUUUGCAACUGUGGAGAUUCCUGUCAAUGCUGCAAUGAAAAUAAAUGCAAAGUCAAAACUGUUUGCGUCUGUGGAGAUUCCAGCCAAUGCUGCAAUGAAAAUAACGGCAAAGCUAAAAUUGCCUGCGUAUGUGGAGUUUUCUGUCAAUGCUGUGAUGAAAAUAACUGCAAGGCCAAAAAUGAUUGCGUCAGUGGAUGUUCUUGCCAAUGUUGUGGUUUGAAUACUUGCAAAGCUGAAACUGCCUGAAUAUGUGGAGAUUCCUGCCAGUGCCAAUCAACAAACAAAAAAUUGCGUGCUUUUGCGGAGACUGCUGCAUGUUCUUCUUCAUUUCUUUAAUUUUUAAAUUUCAAUUUGUUUGAAAAUAAUUGAGAAUAAUUGUGAAUGAGAGUAAAUGAGAAUAAUUGUACUGAGAGUAGUUAAAAUUAUGAAUUAUGUUUUUAUGACUCAUCUUGUUGAAAUUAUAAAAUUUAUUUAUAUUUAAUGCUGCAUGAAGUUUGCAAUUUCAUGGAAAAAUAAUUUGAAAACUAGCUUUGAUGCUUUAAAUACUUAAAUUAUUCUAUUGUAAGCUGUGUAAUGUAGUUUUGUAUGAAUUAAUAAACAUUUAAUCCGAAAAAAUGUUUUUGUCUU